AUGGUGUCCUGGAUGAUCUGUCGCCUGGUAGUGCUGGUGUUUGGGAUGCUGUAUCCAGCUUAUGCUUCCUACAAGGCUGUGAAGACCAAAAACAUACGUGAAUAUGUGCGGUGGAUGAUGUACUGGAUAGUCUUUGCACUGUUCAUGGCAGUGGAAACCUUCACAGACAUCUUUAUUUCCUGGUUCCCUUUCUACUAUGAGAUCAAGAUGGCCUUUGUGCUAUGGCUGCUCUCGCCUUACACCAAAGGGGCCAGCCUGCUUUACCGAAAGUUUGUCCACCCAUCCUUAUCCCGUCAUGAGAAGGAGAUUGACACCUGCAUCGUGCAGGCCAAGGAGCGCAGCUAUGAGACGAUGCUCAGCUUUGGGAAACGGGGCCUCAACAUUGCUGCUUCGGCUGCUGUACAGGCUGCCACCAAGAGUCAGGGUGCACUGGCCGGAAGGCUGCGGAGCUUCUCCAUGCAGGACCUGCGCUCCAUCCCUGAUGCCUCUGCCCCUGCCUACCAGGAUCCCCUCUACCUGGAGGACCAGGUACCUCGCCGCAGGCCGCCCAUCGGGUAUAGGGCAGGGGGCCUGCAGGACAGCGACACUGAGGAUGAGUGUUGGUCAGAUACAGAGGCAGUCUCCCAGCCACCUGCCCGGCCCCGAGAGAAGCCUCUGAGCCGCAGCCAGAGCCUGCGUGUGGUCAAGAGGAAGCCACCCAUGCGGGAGGGCACCUCGCGCUCACUGAAGGUUCGGACAAGGAAAAAGACCAUUUCCUCAGACAUGAACAGCUAGGGUCUUCAGAGCCUG